AUGGCUAUUCUUGUACGACAAAGAGUUGACCAGAUGAGCAGAGCAAAAAACUUGUUUGAAAUCAGAAGUGAGACUUAUUUCGUGGCAAGUUGUUUAACAGGUGUUUUUGAAUUUCGACUCAAUGUUCUGAUGAUUGUUAAAGAAAACAAAAAACGAGUUAAGAUAGCAACAGAAUAUCUUGUCGAGUCGCAAAAUUAA